AUGGGGAGAAACAAUGUUAACAGUAACACCGAGAAAGCCCAUCAGGGAAGAGACAAUUGUAACAGUAACACUGAGAAAGCCCAUCAGGAAGAAACAGUGGUAACAGUAACAGGAGAAAGCCCAUCAGGGAAGAAACAAUGUCUCGAGUGUCGGACUGGGAUCGAAACAUUCCACAACAGCUUUCCCCAACAGCAGCUCACACGGUGUGCUCAAGAUGUCCUAUUUGCCCGAAACACAAAUAGGAAAGCCGCUCCAACGGGAUCCGCGCAGACGCCCUACGAUCUGGAGGGCGGUGUCCGGGAGCCGCACCUGCGCAGUGGGAAGACUUCGUUCCGGGCUCAAAGAGACUUUGAAGCCGCCACGCUGGAGUUGGAGCUGGAGUUCCGCGCGGCCGGAGGGCAGCGGCUUCUCUCGGCCUCCCCGGGGACAGAGAAUGAGUCCGAAGCUGUGGCCUCCGCGCGGAAAGGCCGUGCCCAGAACGUGCUGCGCUGGUUCUCCACCGCGGUGCUGUGUGCCGCCUUCCUGGGGCUGGGACUGAGUGUUGCUAUCCUGGGACCCACCUUUCCAGAUUUGGCAAGAAAUGUGAACCGAAACAUCAGCAGGCUGUCUUUCAUCUUCGUGGGCCGUGCCUCGGGGUAUUUAUGCGGCUCUAUGAUCGCGGGAGUUCUUUUUGGAUGUAUUAAUCAUUUUUUACUUUUGGGGGUGUCGCUUUCUGCUACCACAGUUGGCCUUUAUCUCACUCCAUUCUGCAAGGCAGCAGUGUUACUGGUUGUCAUAAUGUCUGUCUUUGGUGUUUCAAUGGGCCUUCUGGAUACAGGUGGGAACGUCCUCAUCUUGGACCUUUGGGGGGACAAAGGAGCCCCACACAUGCAAGCCUUGCACUUCAGUUUCGCCUUGGGUGCCUUCCUGGCUCCCCUGCUGGCUAAAUUGGCCUGGGGUGCAUCAGCCUCCACUCAGAACCACACAGAGCCCGGCUUUGACCCUCUAGUGAUGAACCGGUCCUCUGAAGCCACCUCAGACUCUCUGUUUGCGGUACCCGAGGACAUGAACCUGCUGUGGGCUUACACUUCCAUCGGAACCUAUGUUUUAGUCGUUUCUGUCUUUCUGUUUGCUCUGUUUUGUAAGAAAAGCUCAAGGCAGAGAAAUUCCACAGCGUCUGUUCAGAGAACUCGAAGAGCCAAAUAUCACUGGGCCCUACUCUGUCUCCUCUUCAUCUUCUUCUUCUUUUACGUUGGAGCCGAGGUGACCUAUGGCUCGUACGUGUUCUCCUUCGCGACCACCCAUGUUGGCAUGGAAGAAAGCGAAGCAGCCGGCUUGAACUCCAUCUUCUGGGGGACCUUUGCUGCCUGCAGGGGCCUGGCCAUCUUCUUUGCAACAGUCCUACAGCCUGGAACCAUGAUUGUCUUGAGUAACAUUGGCAGCCUUGUCUCGUCUUUCUUUCUGGUGCUUUUUGACAAGAGCCGUCUUUGUCUGUGGAUUGCAACUUCUGUGUAUGGAGCCUCGAUGGCAGCCACAUUUCCCAGUGGCGUUUCCUGGAUUGAGCAGUACACCAGCAUCAGUGGAAAAUCUGCAGCAUUCUUUGUGAUCGGUGCUGCUCUGGGAGAAAUGGCGAUUCCUGCAGUAAUUGGGAUUCUUCAAGGACACUACCCAGAUCUGCCAGUAGUUCUGUACACCUGUCUGGGGUCGGCCAUAUUCACUGCUGUUUUGUUUCCUGUGAUGUAUAAAUUAGCCACCUUACCUCUGGCUCAGCAGCCAAAAGGAAGGAAGAGUGAGGACCAGACAGCUUUGCUUUCCGGCUCCGAGCUCAAUGACCGCGAAGAAGAGAAUGAAGAGGAAGAUGCAGGAAAGUGGAAUGAAAUGGAUUUUGAAGUUGUUGAAAUGAGUGAUCCAGCACAGGAGUCUGUAAGGGACACAUCUAGAGCUAUCCUGAGGGAGCCUACACCCGAGGCUCCCGAUCACUUCCUAGCAAAUGCCUACUUUUCCGUCAGUAGCAACAGUCCUCUUGUGAAUCACCAGGAUGAAAGGGACGGACAGUCAGAGAUGACAACUUACUGAAUGACUUCACUGAGUCACCGCCACUCCUGAAGCACCACUCAGGCAGCAGAGCUUUGCGAGACUUUCUGCAAGCAUCUGCAGUUGCAAUGUGUGGGUGUUCGCAGCCAGCAGUGGCACUAUUUGAAGUGUGGUAGAGCUCUCAGUAACCCAUUUGUUCUUGUUCAGUAGGCUCUUGUUAGGAGACUGUGUUGUGGUCCCUACCUCUCAGAACGCAUUUCCGCAUGAGGAGCUGGGUAGUGUGCCAGUAGUUGACCCUGUCGGAGAGCAGAGCUACUUGGCUGAGGAAAUGGUCUUAUGGCCGCAUUCUGCUGGAGGCCUGUGAAGAAGUCAUGGCAAAGAGCCAGCUUUGGAAACAGGAAGAUGGUUUUCUUAAUUUUACCCUCUGUAUAGGGUUGAACUGAAAAGUACUGCUGAGUGUUUCUUAUUUCUGUGAGAACACAGGUAGGCCAUUAUUUCUAGCUUCCUCCCUGAAUUCAUGCUGAGCUUUGAUACAGUCUGGUUUAUUGGGUCUCGUGUGAUUCUAGAAAUGCAGAUGAGGUUAUUUCCACAUUCUAGGUUUUGGGUUGUUUUGUUUCUUGAGUCUUAUUUUAUAGUCCAGGCUAGCCUGGAACUUAUUAAGUAGCCCAGGUUGACCUCUGACUCCUGAAUUUUGUACUAGAGAUGUGUGCCACCAUGUGUGGUGAAACGUGUAAGUGUUAAAGUUGUAUAAUAGUUUUGCUAAAAUAGCCCAUUCAUUUCAGAUGCAAUGUAAAACAAAAGUGAUGGGUGGCCCUCCAAACAAGCUAGAGCCUGUGAAAUCCUGCAGUUUAGCAAGCAGUUUAGUAGCUCUGCUGUACGCAUUGAUCUACAACACGCCCCUUCCUCUUACACUCAAGGGUCAUCAUUUUAGUAUUAUAGUAAAUCCUAUUCUUGUUUUCCAUCCAUUUAAAACCUUCCCGCCAAAUGCUGUAUCAUGUUCAUGUAAUACAGCAGUUCGCUACAUCUCAGAGAUUAUAGUAUUUUUGCUGCUGACACUUUACAAGAGAGGGUUAUUUUUUAUAUGAGUCUAUAUCAUGUUCAGAGAGAAUUUGGAGACAUUCUGUUGAUUUUAUGUAAUUUUCUUUUCUACUUCUGGUGACUGAACACAGGGCCUUGCAGUUGCUAAGCAAGUGUUCUGCCACUGGGCCCAAGUUCCUGGUGUCUUACAUUUCAAUUACAGAAGCUGUUUUAGAGUUCUACAUUGGCAGUAGAGGUGUGGACAGUGUGGACAUGUCCUUUGGUGCCCAUAGCCUGCCUCAGUAACAGUUUUAGGAUUUGACUCUCACUAGGUUGGGUUAUUAAUCACAUAUGUACUGUAAACCAGGCUAAAAGUUUAGUUUACAAAUGAGGCACCAUCCUUUUUGGUGACUGGAGAACCUGUGUCCCCUCCAGGACUCUGAGUUUGCAGUACCUGGAGACCAAAAUAACGGUGAUGUGAUGGACUAGGGAGUCUGUGAUGAGGGACGCUGCUGCACAAGUGUGACAAGAAUAGUCCGGGCCAUCCUUUGGUAAAUGGCUUCUACCUCUUCUCAAGUUUUAUGCUGAGUGACAAUGAAUUGCUACUUGACUGCAAUGUUUUUGCUAAUGCCUUACUGGAUUUUAAGAAUUUGCUUUUCUUAAAACAAGUGCUUUGUUUCUCUUUA